AUGCCCAAAGCAGACUAUAUCCCUUGGAACCCAUGGGAGGUAGAAAACCUUCCACGGUGGUUAUCCCAGCAUAGCAUGCUGUCCUGGAAGGCCAAGUCCGAGGCAUAUUUCAGGCAAUAUAAUCUUCCAAGGACGCCCGAAGGACUGCGGAGCAAGCUCAACCAACUGAUUAAACCUCCCAGUAACCCCGACGGGAGACUGCCCACAUACCACCGCUCAGCUGCUCGUCGGGCACGCCAUCGUCGGCAUCGAGAAUUGCAAGGCUUUCCUGCCCCCCACUUUGCCUGUCCGGCCGAGAGCUCCCCGCACAAGGACUCGAAUCCUCUGGCAGCUAGUGCAUGGAUCGAGACCGUAUGA